AUGCUAGAGCUGGUGCAGCACCAGCAGCACGACACAGAGUUGAAAGAGCUCCUCGAAUCGUCUAACCACUCACUUAUUCUCAAGAGCAUUGAGUUUGGUCACAACCACAAUCAUCUCUAUUGUGAUCUAACGGGUAACAUAAUUCGCCCCUACGUUCCGAAAACUCUUCGUAAAAAAGUCUUCGACCUGUUCCACUCACUAUCGCAUCCGAGCUCCAAAGUAACGACCCAAUUAUGCUCAGGCAGAGGUACGUGUGGCCUGCAAUGCAUCGACAUACCAAAGUCUGGUGUCAAGCUUGCCCCGAUUGCCAACAAGCGAAAAUCUCUCGCAACGUCAAGAAUGAGCCCCUCAAAUUUGAGGCUCCUAACGACCGUUUUCGUCACGUCUACAUGGAUAUUAUUAGGCCUCUCAACCAUAAUCGACCGUUUUUCGCGGUGGACUAAGGCGGUGUCUCUUAAAAUUAUUGAAGCUUCUACCGUUCUUCGUGCGUUCCAGGAGCAUUGGGUCGCGCGUUUCGGUGCUCCCCGUUUCCUCACCACCGAUCAGGGUGCACAAUUUGAAGCGAAGAUCUUCAACGCUUAUCUCGCCUUCCUUGGCUAUUAA